UGUUUUUUGCCUGAGAACCUUUGCUUUGACCAAGAACUCAGCGCCAGCGGCGAGGAAUACUUAAGCUGCGAAGGACUCGUUGAGUCAUCGCCCCACAAACAAGGGAAACAAAGAAACAAAGGAUGAGCAAAUUAAUUGGCGGAAAUCUGGAGUUUGUGCGAGAGGAUGACUUUGUGGAGUACUACAUAUUCCCCAGACUGCCGGACAAUCUGCGGGACCCGGCAAAGAUUCACCAGCAAAUGGUCCAAGUUCACAAGGAAAUUAACGCCAUCGUGAAGGAGAAGACUCUGGAGCGGAGCUACCUGUGGCACAAAGAUGAGUUCAAGCUUCAGAUACGCACGGGCAGCCCCGAGGAACGCCUGCUGAACGAAGAAACCAACCCAGAAGACGAAGAGAACCUGGGUGACCUCCCGCCCUAUUUCCAUGGCGUAACCCACUACGGCGACAACAUAGCAGACGAAUGGUUCGUGGUCUAUUUGCUAACGGAGAUAACACGUGCCCGCGGUGACUGCAUUGCUCGCGUCUGUGACUCGGACGGAGAGUUUCUGCUCAUCGAAGCGGCAGAAGCGCUCCCGGACUGGGCCUCGCCGGAAUCCUGCGAGCGGCGCGUCUAUAUAGUUAAUGGGGGCCUCCAGUUGCUCCAGAACUCUGCAGCCACCAGCCAAGAUGCUGUUAUUACGAUGGCAAAUGCCCUCCAACGAAUUCGCUUAAAUCCCACCCUCUACCGCUGCUCCCGCGAAAUUCAAUCCUGUAUCGAUGCGCGACUCAAAGAGUUCCAGAUCGCCCAGCCCCACUUCUCAAUCCACCGCCAGGUGGUGGAGCUUCCCCUGAGUGCAGCUCAGCUCCUGAAACAGCAGCCGCGGUUGGUCUCAUCGGCUGUGAGGGCUUUCUGCGAUCGCGAUUCUAUGGACACUAAGGCGCUACGCACAAUGCGCUACUUUCCGCCCGAGGCUCCCCGCCUACGCACAAAUUUGGGAUUCACUCGCUGCUUGUACGCCAUGCUGAUGCACCAACAGUACACACCCGAAAGACGACUCGGCUGGAAGCUCACAGACUCUGUAGCUAAUCCAGAGCUCUAUAAGGAGCAACUGCUUGGCGUGAAGCUGUCCAGCGGCUUGGAGAUCUUGGCCAGUCAAGCGAAGAGAAUAGAUGGGCAGAAGCUGGAGGAGCUGCCAGCCUGGCGCGCAUAUCAUCGGAGCCUCCAAUCGAAAGGCUACUUUAAGGAUAAUCUGGAGGGCAGUGCCGAAUACCAGCAGCUGUUGACAAAGGCCAUGGACUACUUCCGCGGUAAUCAGGAGCGCUUCCGUACCGCCCCGCAGGUGGGAGCGGAGAUUCUGGAACUUCUACUUCAUCCGGCAGAAGCUGCGUCAGAGGAGCUCCGCGACGAGGAGAACAACCUGCAACCGAGCGAUUCAGACGAGUGGCUGAAUAUUAGUGCUGAGGAUCUGGAUUCCAUGUUGCAGGAUCGGUAUGGGCCGCACAAGCUGUACAAGCCCAAUGGGGACAUGAAUGCCGAAGAGUUCACCAAACAACUGUCUGACUUCCUCGACCAGCAGUCCAACUUUGAAGGCAUCGAGCACAAAGGACACGAGGAGCUAGAUUCCGAUGACGACGAGCCGGAACCGAAAAAGACCGAGAGUUCCACAUCAUCUGGAGCCAAGGUGAAGAAGAACGCAUCGAUGCGCAAGGCUUGCCAGCGGAAUUCUCUGAUUCAGCAGGAGGAGCCAGACAGCACGCAUGUGCGGAACUUCCUGGACUUUGUCAUACCCGAGGACAACUGGGACUCCACCUCCGAAAUGAGCGACUAUGCCGACGAGGAUGAUCUCGAGAGUAACUUGCACCGAAGCCUGUCUGGACCAGGGGCCGGCAACGUGUUCCCAUUGGACCGUCAAAUAAAGUCGUACAUGGAGCAAAUGGACAGGGAACUGGCACAAACCACUGUGGGAAAAACGUUUAAUGGUAAGAAGAAGGCGCCGCAGGCAGAGGAGGAUGACUUUGACGACAUCGAGGACUUUGAGCCCAUCAAUAUAAAUGUAAACACACUUCGCAACAUGAUGGACAGCUACAAAUCACAGGUUGGCGGCUCUGGGCCCGUUUCAAAUCUUUUUAGCGCCAUGGGUGUGGGUAUGGCGGCAGCUUGUGAGGAUAAGGAUCCCAAGAAUCUCUCCGAGUCGGCCGUGUAAAUUGGACCAGAGGUCCUUAUUAUAGAAAUAGGACGAAAAUAAAUGUGCAUAACUGAUUGUAA